AUGGCCGUCAACGGCUUCGGCUCUGGCCUCGAAGGCAUAUCCCAGCUGACAAUAACCGUCGUCCUGGUCUUCCUCUCCAUCUCGCUCUACAACGUCAUUGAAUUGACCUUUAUCAUCUUCGGCACCUUCAAGCGACACUCGGGCCUCUACUUCUGGUCCUUCCUCGUCUCCACCUGGGGCAUCUGUGUCUACGACUGCGGCUUUCUCAUCAAGUACUACGCCUCGUCCGCUGUUGGCUAUGUCGCUGCUUCGUUCAUCUCCUUUGGCUGGGUCGCUAUGGUGUCGGGCCAGUCGCUCGUGCUGUGGUCGCGGUUACAUCUCGUGCUGAGGAAUAGGUUCCGUUUGAAGGCUGUGCUGUAUAUGAUCUGCAUCAAUGGAGUUCUCAUGCACGGGACAGUCAUUCCUAUGAUUUAUGGCUCUUUCUCGAGUGAUACUUCCAAGUGGCGGCAGCCUUAUUCCAUUAUGGAGAAGAUCCAGGUCACUGUCUUCUUCAUCCAGGAGAUUAUCAUCUCGAGCUUCUACAUCAUCGAGACGAUCAAGCUGAUGCGCAUGGAACGCACAAUGGGCAACAAGCGUGGAAGCAGACGUCUCAUGAACCACCUCAUCUACGUCAACAUCCUCAUCAUCCUCCUCGACGUCACCAUCCUUGGCCUCGAGUACGCCGACCAGUACCAGUACCAGACCUCCUACAAAGCAUUCGUCUACAGCACCAAGCUCAAGCUGGAAUUCACCAUCCUCAAUCGUCUCGUCGAGAUGACCACUGGUAACAAGGACGGCAGCUCCGGACCCCGAAGCCACACCGCAGGCACGGCCACCGGCACCAGAACGGGCAUUGCUCUGGAUACCUUCAUCAGCAACAUCACCGACAAGCCUCCCGGUGAUGUUUCCUACGAAGCGUAUGUCAUGGGCGGCGAAGAUAGAUCGCAGAAUCUCCCCGAGCCUCGUGAUGAUGAAGUCGUCAUGACUACCGAGGUCAUCAUUGAACGUGAAGAUCGAGAGGACGAUGGUAUGAGCAUAGGUGGGAAGUCAUCGUCCGGGACUACAAUCGGGACGUCCAAGAAUAACCACUUCGACAUGGACGACUUAUCGAAAUCUUCAUCAGAAGUGCAUUUGGCGCCACGUGGGUUUUAG